AAAAAAAAGCCCCGGGGUCUUCCUCCGCUCGGCUAAUCGAAAUCACUCGACCAGUCAUUUCUUCCGAUUCUCAUCAUCGUCAGACGACAAAUCAGGCUCCCCUCCGGCCUUUUAUCAGUCAUCUAUUUUCCACAACGAUACCCGGACCGAACACGGCGGAAAAUCAGUCUCCUCCUCGUUCAUCUCUAAUCGACUACGACUCUGCUCACUGCUGGCGCAAAUUAACGAAUAUGGAGGAGGCAAACAAAGACGACCGUUCAAACAAUGAGGCUUCAUGUAAUGACAACUCAGAAGAUGAUUGGGAAGCUGUUGCAGAUCGUGCUCCAGAUGAGUUGCUGACUUCACAGUGCUUACCAGAUGUAUCCAAACUUGAGAUUGAAGAUAAAAAAGAUCAAACUCCUAUAAGACGUGGGAGGGGCACAUUCUCUUACCAAAAACAUGGCUUGUAUAGUGAUCAACAGUCUGGUGUGCUUGUUGAGGAUGAUUCAAUAGAUCAAGCUGUGUCCCUUGGUUCUGAAGGACAUGGACAGACAAGAGAUUUAAAAUAUGGCACACGCCAUGCCCUUGUUCUGGAGGACUUCCAACCAAGUAUGACUACAACUGGGCUAGAGAAUAUGUUGGAGAAGUAUAACUAUCAUGAUGUUGUGAUACGCUGGGUCGAUGAUACCACUGCACUUGCCGUGUUUAGAACACCAUCCAUUGCUCUUGAGGCAUGUAACUCAAUCAAGUGGCCAUUUACAGUUCGUGUACUUGAUGAGAAAGAUGUACUCCUAAGCACCCUUCCAAAAAGAGAUUUGGAGCCGCCUCGACAGAGGCCUAAAACAUCAGUAAGAACUGCCCGAAGGUUGAUUGCUCAUGGAAUGGGAAUGAAGCUGCCUUCCACAAGUUUUGGGCAAAAAGAACUCAAGGAACAAGAAGCAGCCCGAAAGCAACGAAUAGUUUCAAGACAGAGUUUGAAAGACGAUGCUUGGGGAGACUGAAUGCAUCAUUCUGUAUCAUCGACAAACUAUCGGUGGUUUGUUUCAUUACAGGCUUCCUAGAGCCUAUUUACAACUACUUCAAAAACUGGUCAUUACGAUUAAACCAUGUUGAUCUGGAAACCGAUUAAAAAUAUUGAUUACGGUGAAUCAUUUUAAUGACACCGGUGCUGUGUUACAUAACAUGUCCAACCAUUUUCAAAUUCAAUAAUUAGUAGGAUGUGGGAAUCAA